CGGUUGGGGGGCGGGGCCUUCGCAGACCAUGGCGGGUGAGCUUGAGGGCUGCAAGCCCCUGAGCGGGCUGCUGAGCGGUCUGGCCCAGGACAAUUUCUUCCGGCACCCGGGCAUCACGGAGGAGCUGCUGCGGAGCCAACUCUAUCCGGAGGUGCCGCCCGAGGAGUUCCGCCCCUUUCUGGCGAAGAUGAGGGGGAUUCUGAAGUCUAUUGCAUCGGGAGACAUGGAUUUCAAUCAACUGGAGGCAUUCUUGACUGCUCAAACCAAAAAGCAAGGUGGAAUCACAUCUGACCAAGCUGCUGUCAUUUCCAAAUUCUGGAAGAGCCACAAGACAAAAAUCCAAGAGAGCCUCAUGAACCAGAGCCGCUGGGAUAAUGGGCUUCGUGGUCUGAACUGGAGAGUUGAUGGCAAGUCUCAGUCAAGGCAUUCAUCUCAAAUACAUACCCCUGUUGCCAUUAUAGAGCUGGAAUUAGGGAAAAGUGGACAGGAAUCUGAAUAUCUGUGUUUGGAAUUUGAUGAGGUCAAGGUCAACCAAGUUCUGAAGAAGCUCUCAGAGGUAGAAGAAAGUAUCAGCACACUGAUGCAGCCAGCCUAACUGAAGAUAAUGUAGGAAGGAGUUGGAGUUGUUGAAACAGAGGUGUUCAUCAUCCCUCCCCACUGACCUUUUAAAAAACAUUUUUGUUCCCCUGUUGGUAUUAAAUCCUCAAAUUCAAUCUUGCCUGCC